UUCUUCUGUACCAAUUGUUGCAGGAUAAAAUUAUCACAGCCUGUGGAAAGACAUCACUUCUACAAAACCAGCACUUUUUAUCCAAUUACUGGUUGCUUUCGCCAUCCUGCCUGGAGAGCAUCUGUGUUACCAACCACGGAUAAACAAAGCAGACCCAGUGGACACGUUCAAGGUCAGACACACCUAAUCUUCACGCACCUGGUAAACAUCGGCAGUUAGCUAUGCAGCUUGAAAUCCAAGUAGCUCUCAACUUCAUCAUCUCGUACCUGUAUAACAAGCUGCCAAGGCGGCGGGUUAACAUUUUCGGCGAGGAGCUGGAGAGGCAGCUGAAGCAGAAAUAUGAGGGACACUGGUACCCGGACAAGCCAUACAAGGGCUCAGGAUUCAGAUGUAUCCACGUGGGCGAGAAGGUGGACCGUGUGGUGGAGAAGGCAGCCAAAGAGAGCGGGCUGGACAUCGAGGAUGUCCGCAACAACCUUCCCCAGGACCUCAGCGUGUGGAUUGACCCCUUUGAGGUGUCCUAUCAGAUCGGGGAGAAAGGGCCCGUCAAAGUAUUGUAUGUCGAUGACAGCAAUGAAAGCGGAGCUGGUAGUGGAGGGCUGGAUCUGGACAAGGAGAUCAAGAACAGUUUCAAUCCUGACGCACAGGUCUUCAUGCCCAUCAAUGAGCCCGUGAACGGCGCCUCUCCGGGCUCCACCUCACCCUCUCCUCCUUUCGGCCACUCGGCAGCGGUCAGCCCCACCUUUAUGCCCCGCUCCACGCAGCCUUUAACCUUCACGACAGCCACCUUCGCCGCCACAAAGUUUGGCUCCACUAAAAUGAAGAGCAGUGGACGCAACAACAAUGGCGGAAGUACUGCUGGGAACAAGGCGGCGCGUACCUCUCCCACCAACCUGGGCCUGAAUGUGAACAGUCUCCUGAAACAGAAAGCCAUCUCCACCUCCAUGCACUCUCUGUACGGGUUGGGGCUCGGAGUACAGCAGCAGCACCAGAAGCCCUCAGCCCUGUCCCCCAAUGCCAAGGAGUUUGUGUUCCCCAGCCUCCAGGGCCAGGGCAGCCAGAGUGCUCUCUUCCCUGGGGACAGCUCGCUCAGCCUCAGCCCGCUGCAGUACAGCAAUGCCUUCGACAUGUUUGCGGCCUAUGGUGGCCUUAACGACAAGUCCCUUAUGGAUGGCUUGAAUUUCAGCUUGAACAACAUGCAGUAUUCUAACCAGCAAUUCCAGCCAGUUAUGGCCAACUAGUACACAUAAAGGUACUACUUAAGCUACUACUUCUCACAGAAACGACCAGAGAUAAUGUGAUAGGGGGGAAACAAACAAAUGCACAUUUUGAAAAAAAAAAAAAAAAAAAAAAGCGUAAACGAGAAAAGAAUGUCAUGGAUAAAAGGAAAAAGUGACAUGUCAGCUGUAAGAUCUAUGUUACGAGUCUAAGAGCAUGAGCCCGAGGGUGAAUUCCUUUGCCCCAUUGAGUUAUACCUUUAGUACAAGAUGUCCAAGCUUGGUUACCUAAACUUCUACAUGCAUCAUUGUCAUUUCUUUUGCCAACCAAGCACAAAUUAUUUUUUUUAUGUGACUGUUUUAAGAUAUAAAAAAAAGACAAAAAAAAAAUAAAUACCACCACAAGUCAUGGCCUCUUUCAGUAUUUAAGCAUAACUGGACACCGCCAAUUUUUUUCAAGGAAUUGGCAUAAAUAGGUGGGAUUUCCUGGUCUUUUUUCUAAUUGUAUAAUUUAAUUUGGAACAGAGUUUGUAAAAUAUCAGAGUAUCUAUUGUUUCUACUACAUGGUAUUGCAUUUAUAUCUUUUUACUACUCCAGUGAUCUGUGAUGGCUGCAGCAACUUUGUUUUCUUUUUUUAUUGAAAUUAUAAAAUGAAUCCAUCUAAAAAAAAAAAAAAAAAACAUUGACUAUUCUAAAGAUUGUGUACAGAAUAUUCCGUAGUGGUGGGAUUUAAGAAUAUUUGCUUUUUUGAAAAACAUAAGAGUUGUAUUUUCUGUUAAGAGUUUAAAGAUUUUUGCUAUAUUAUGGACAAAAUGUAAUCGUAUAUUAAUUUUGUACCUACAUUGUGCAAUACUUGAUAAAACAAACGGUAUAACAAAGUAUUUGGAGUCAGUGUCUUACAUGUUAAGAGGGACUGAUAGUUUAUUAAGUUUGUAUUAAAAAGCUUGAAAAUAA